AUGGACAAAAAAAAUGGUGAACGGAGAAAUAAUGUUCCGAGUAUCGGUAUGCAGCCGGAGCAGCAGCACUCUCAAGGAUACUUUUGUGCAUUAUUGGUGCAGUACACGAAAGGUGUGCAAGAGCCUAAAAGGUGUAUGAAACUGUUUUUGAUCAUCAUUCUGAGCAUAGUACUUACCAAAAUAGGUGUGCUAGCAGUGCACAUUCUCAUAAUCGAUCACAGGAAAUUUGAAGUGUGCCGUGUUCGCUAUGAUGUGGUGCACAGCCCCGAAGCGGUGAGCUUCGACAUAAGAUCACAGUAUUUAUGUCCGGUGAACGUGUUAUUGACGGGACUGCACGUAUCAUUUUCCAAUAAUGGAGAAAAUGUGGCAGUGUUGAAAAAAGAGGAAAUAAUUCUGAGAAAGAACAGAAGAUUAAAAUUUGAUGGCUCCUUGCGAAUUGAAAGCGUUAACGGCAGGAGCAUGUUUACCGGUGAUUCUAAGCUGAAUAUGGAAGUAGUGAUUGAUGCUUGGAUGCACAUGAGAGUGUUUUAUGUGUGGUUCAGGAAGCGUGUACGGUUUAGAUAUGUAUUAGGAAAUGGACUUAAACAGGAAGGCGUCUACGGUGCGUGCUUAGCUGGGUUACGUAUAGAACCGGAAUUGAUGAUCAAUUUAUACCUGGGUGGUUGUGAACUUGUGCUGCCCAGGUAUAUGAACAUCCGAAUGAACGAAAUGUCCUUUGGCGCGGUAGUGUUUGAUUGUCCUUGCAACCUUGUGGUUGGCAAGUUGUGCGUAACAAACGGUCGGCUGGUUGAACCGGUGAUUAUCACCUUCUCGUUCAGUAGCUGCACAGACCUGUGGUAUUUUCUGAUAAAUGUGUACAAACUGAUGGCAGAUGGUGAUCUAAAGGAGAGUAGUGGCCUACUUCAUAUACUAAACGUGAAGGAUGAACAGUCACUUGUAUGUCAGCAAUUUUUUAAUGAUCUAUUAGUGCCUUUUCACAGCAUUGUAGCUGUGGUAAGACGUACUAAACGAGAAUGGCCGAAAUUUGGGUUGAGAUUUUAUGGUAAAGGCAGGUUUUAUACCGUUGCUGUCAAUGUGAAGGAAUGUAAUCCGAAAAACGGAAUAGAAUACUUUCAUGUCCUGUAUAACACCAAUAUCAUACCUCUGAAUAUUGGAGUUGAGAAAGAUUAUGGGGAUGAGAAGAGUGCUGCUGUGAGAUCGGCAGCUGUGAAAAUGAAGAACGGGCAGGUCAUGAAGAUAGACGAGAAAUGUGCAUUAAACGAACCGAUUCAUGAAAGAAAUGUAAAGAAUAGCAAAGGUGACAAUCAUGCAGGUGUUGACUCUGCUCCGAGUGCAGUGGGCAGAUAUGACAGUGGCCAUACAAAUGGUAAAUCGACUGAUACCAAAGGGGCAAUAGGGAUAGAUCGUUUGUGCAAAGUGGAGGUGAUAGCUUGCACCCGUGAUGGCGCGCGGCUUGCAAAUUACGGAUCUAUACACGCGGAAGCAUCUAAAAAGCAGAAUUGGUGCGAGAAGGAGGUCCUUGAUGGAAUAUUCGGGACAAGUGUGUUUUUCAAAAUUAUUGUUGAAAUUAAAUCAUGGAACAAUUUACUGCGAUAUCUGAUGGAGAGAAGAUCUGUUCUGCUUAAGAUCAGAGUUGGCACCGAGAACAACAAGCAGUUUGCCUGUCGCUAUGAUCUAAAAAAUUGGUUAUUGUCUGGUCUUGAGAACCAUAUAAUUGAAUACGUGCCUCCAAUACGUAUGCCACUCAAAAUGGGAGCACUAACUCUCAGACAUAGUGUGGAAAUGCGUAAAAACAUAAUCUUAGUACAUUCAACCAGUGUGGAUGGUGGUGUGUGCUUAAAAUGCUCUGAUGAUGGCAGCAAAACAUUAAAACCUGCGGAAGAAGGACCUGUGAAAUGUAACUGUGAGAACGAGUUGAUAUGGCCGUUCGUGCCUGGACAUAGUAAGCGCUUAUCGAUUGAACUGUUAUUUGGAAUGUAUGAAGCAGAUUUUUCUAUCAAAAGUGCAUUCUUUUAUGACGGCGGGCGUAUCCGUGCUAGGAUAGAUUGCUGGACAAAAUUCGGGAAGAACAACUUGAUGAUCGGUGGUGACACGAUUAAUGAUCUGUUGUUCUCUGAUGUUGUGAUAAACAACGAAAGAAUUGAUAAAUCUGCAGAUCAGUUCAGGAAAAUGUGCAUUUUUUCUUGUAGUAAGGUUCUUGGACAUGCCGAACUGCGUAUUGCUGGUAUUGAAAAGAUGAUUAGGCUGGUAACAUGUGCAGAUAAGAGUGUUUUGCAGGCAGGAUUUGCGAUUAGGAAUAUAAUCAGAAUGAGAAAUCGUAUUUAUCUAAAAGCUGUGAGAAAUACAAACACAUGUGAUGUGGCAGCAAAAAUAUGCAUCGAUUUCAACCAAUCGGAAGUUACAUGCAGUCAAGGAAAUGUGUAUUUGUACGGGCAAAAUAUUAGUGUUGCACCCGAUUUUUCUGUGUUGUUUGCAGUAGAUGGAGAUUUGUCCUUUUCUUUGUGUGGAAAGUGUAACUGCCACGAAUUACUUGAACCUCUGAUCAGCAGGCUUACAUGGACAAAAGGUAGCUGGCAGGGAGCUAGAAAUAUGUGUGAUGGAAAAAUGGAUGUAGAUCUAUCGUUAGAUAUUUCUGGAAAUACUUUCGACUUGGAUUUGGGUCUACGUCCUGCCGGGGGCUGCGCGAAGAGGCUCCAAAGUACAGAAAAUGCGAAGCAGCUUAACCAUUCACUGCCAAGAGAUCCCAUCAUAUCAUGGCCUGACACAAAGAUAAGAACUUAUUUCGUCGAUAAACGCGGUGAUGAACAUCCAAUCAUGUUACUAAGUAUUUCUUCAUCGUAUCUUUGCUGCAAUCCAUUCGAUACGGUGAAGCAAAAGAUGUUUUCGCCACAGAAUCAGCACAAACCAUUGAGAAUAAUGUUAAAGGUUUUUUCUGGCAAUGGAUUUCGGCCUAAAGAGGAUGCCAUGAACCUGCAAUGUUCUUUUAAUGGACAAACUCGUGCGACUAAAAGCGUAAUGAUGAACUGUUACUUUCGUAAGUUCUUGUAUAAGUACUCACACAAGCAGUUCUUUCUGUUCCAGCUCGUUAAGUUUAUCUCUAUAAAUGGAAGCAAGGCUGUGGAAAAAGGGGAUACCUUGUUGAAACUUUCACAUUGGAGAAUCAACAAUGGCUUUGACGCAGCUUUCGUACACGGAAGCGUGCACAAUGCGGUCGGUAUGUUCCUUGGUUUCAUAAGCAGGCUGAAUUUAGGUGCGUAUCCAAGGAUUGCGCGUGUAAGACUACUGGUGAAUAACAUCAAGGCUCUAGACGUAAAGACGAACGGGAUUACGCUUUUUCGUAUAGAUUUAUCGAUAGAUCAUGUAUUUGAACUACCAAUACGUUAUAAUACAAGACAAAUUGAUCAUGUGUUUACGGUUCCUGUCAGGUAUGAAUUGCAUACUUCUGAAAUGUUUAGUAUUGAUAAAGGGAAUGUUUACACUGCUCAAUCAAGUCUAGUUGACUUUUUUAGAACAUUAGAUUUGCCGAUCAAAAAAGGCAUUUUAAUUCGUUUUGAUCGCGAAAACAGAAAUUUGACAAUAAAAGUGAAACUGCACCCAUGGAUUACUGUGAAUAGACAAAAUUUACCAUUUGUAGUAGUUUCUGAGUCUAAAUUGCGGAUGAAGUUGUACGUGUGUACGAAAGCAGGACAAUCGACUCUUAUAUUUUCUGCUCGUAGAACAGACGUAUAG